AGGUGUGGCUCACUGGGAACGCACUUCCUGGGACGCGGAGACGGAGACGCUCUAAGAGGUUCCUCAGUGUGGGCGAGUAAAAUGCUCUGAAUGUGAGAAACAGGUCCAGAUCAUCUGUGCUGUGUGUUCAGAUGUGCAUAUAUUUCUUCUAAGUUGAUUAAAGUUGUUUUAGAACUAUCAAGUACCUCAAAGAUCUGACUGGCAGUACUGCACAAGCCUGCCUGCCAUGGGCUGUCGGGAUGUCCAUGCAGCCACGGUCCUCUCCUUCCUGUGUGGAAUCGCCUCGGUAGCAGGCCUCUUUGCGGGGACUCUGCUUCCCAACUGGAGAAAAUUACGACUGAUCACGUUCAACAGAAAUGAGAAGAACCUGACUGUUUACACAGGCCUGUGGGUGAAGUGUGCCCGGUACGACGGGGGCAAUGACUGCCUGAUGUACGACACUACUUGGUACUCAUCAGUUGACCAGCUGGACCUGCGGGUCCUCCAGUUUGCCCUGCCCCUCAGCAUCCUGAUUGCAACGGGGGCCCUGCUGCUCUGCCUGAUUGGAAUGUGUAACACUGCCUUCAGGUCCUCGGUGCCCAACAUCAAACUGGCCAAGUGUCUGGUCAAUAGUGCCGGCUGCCAUCUGGUGGCCGGGCUGCUGUUUUUCCUGGCAGGUACUGUGAGCCUCUCCCCAUCCAUCUGGGUCAUCUUUUAUAACAUCCAUCUGAACAAGAAGUUCGAGCCAGUCUUUAUGUUUGACUAUGCAGUGUAUGUCACUAUUGCUAGUGCUGGGGGCUUGUUUACGACUUCCCUUCUACUGUUUAUUUGGUACUGUGCAUGCAAAUCUUUGCCUUCUCCUUUCUGGCAACCACUGUACUCCCAUCCUCCCAGUAUGCAUACAUAUUCACAGCCCUAUUCAGCACGCUCCCGCCUCUCUGCCAUAGAAAUCGACAUCCCAGUAGUUUCACACACCACCUAGUGGGGAAAUAGUUGCUAAAGAAAACUUGUAGCCUCACAUUUCCCUUGUGCAAGGAGCUAUUUUGGACCUAUAUACAUUUUCCUUUGUUUCUGAUCAGUCAGUGAAGCCAAAUUAAUAUGUCUUAGUAGGAUGAAGUGCUGCUAGUUUUUAUGAAAAGUACAAUAUUUAAAUGUGAAUCAUUCCUUUUAUCUUCUUAUGCUAGAAGGAUUUUUAACCUCCAGGUUGAUAUCUGGUCAGUUACUUCGGUGGAAAGGACCUGUGUCUCAAUUGAGGUGAUUUAGAGCAACAUAGUAAAAAAAUGAUUGCUAAGAGAAGCUCUUAUAAGCGAUCCUUAUGAGUAUUUCAGAAUGUGUAUUGUCCUUUUGCUAUAAUACCUUAAAUUGGGAAAAAAGGGCAAUUUCAAAUUAAAAAUUUUUUUUCAGGUAAGGGUAAUAUUUUAACAGUAGCCAGUCUACCAGCUUAGGCUGUAACUUUUCUUACUUCUUUCUCGGGGCUAAUUGUAUUGAAUAGAGUUCGGUAUUUUGAAGAUGACUUUCUUUUGUGAGUUCUUAUCUUCUACCUCAUGCCUGUGUUUAAAAAUAAAAUGUAUUUUAAGUGAUGUCAGAGAGAAUAAGCCUAACAUUUAAAAUAUCUAUUAGUAUGGAUAACAUUUACCAUAAUUUUAAAAGUUAAUAGUUCUAUAAGUUGUAUUAUUAAAGUGUGCCAUGUGAUGGAUUGGUGCUUUCUCUGAGGCAGAAAAACUUUUCUCCAGAUAUCAUCCACCAUGUGGUACUCAUGCCCAUGUAUAAUCUCUUAGUGACUAAGAGAAAGAAAUAAAGAGGCCCGAGUGGUUAGUUCUCCUUUAGACAGUGGUAGGGGACAAGCAUCUGUUCUUCAGUGACAGUGUCAGAGAUUCAUUCUGGCGACUGCCUUUUGGGUGAUGGGUGAAGUGAGGCAUGGCUUCAGCAUGACCGCAUUCACCCUUGAUUCAGUCCCUGCCCCCAUCACUGAUUAUUUCCUUGAGGAUAUAUCUUUGCCCAACACUUUACUAGGUGCUGUAGAGGAUACAUGCAAAGUAUGAGAUCUGGUCCCAUCUACUAAGAAAUUUUAAUUUAAUAGAGAAGAUCAAACUGUUAUCUGACAAUUGGGGAACAGUCUGACUUCAGUGACAGCUGGUCUUCACUUCUCAAUCAUUGAUCUAGGAAUAUAUUUCACCCAGAGACAUGGCUUUCUGGCAGACAGGCUUAUUGUACAAUACCAGCAAUAUUUAGAACCCAGAAAUUCAGUUUGUUGGAUCCUUUAGAGCACCUACAUUAGCCUAGACACUGUAAUAACAUGAUAUCACAUUCAUAAGAAUGGAUGGGCAAAAGUGGUAAAGAUUAAAUAGUUCCCUUUUCACCUCUGAAAGUAUGACGAUGUAUUAAAGAGGGAGGAAUAUUUAAAAUCUCUCUUCUAAUGGGGUAACAUAUAGAGGAAACCAUGUUAACACCGAGAUGAAUGCUUAGCAAUUCAGGGAUAUUGGGUGUUUACCCUUAUGAAUUUGAGCUGUUUAUUUGAUGUAAUUUGCUACACAUUAGUAGUAUGUUCAUGGGGAUUUUGUUCUGUUACCCAUUACAAAAUUCACAGACAGCUAGUUGCAUGGCUAACAGAUUAUUGUGCCUCUUUUGCAAAUCUGAGUAUGCUUCUGGUACUUCUGUGGAUGUAAAUGGUACUUUUGUUUCUAAUUCCAAACACUAGUUUAUGUAUAUAGCAAGUAAAUACAGUUGUAUAAUUUUUAAAUGCCAUCAGUUGAAAGCAUGCAAAACUAUGGUUUUCUUAGCUAUAGCUUCUGAUUUCCUUCAGUUCUUUAAAUUCUUCUCAGAUAUAGCUGAGUCUUGAUCAUUCCAAGACAGCGGCAGGUAGAAUUUUGAGAUUAAUAUUAAUUUCCCCCUUUGCUAAUUAAUUUCUGUCCCCUUUCUCACUGAAAUUGUCCAAAAGUGUCAAGAAUUCCACCAUUCUUUGUAUAAACAAUGGUAAAAGCAGACUCAGCCAUUAAUAUUCUAGACAGUUUUUAGUCCAUGGGAUCAUGUAUAUAAAAUGUUAAACUUUUCCUGUGAGAAUCUUUCGGAUUCUUUUCAUAAUUUGUAGCCUCUAAUUAGUAUUUAUUAUAGAUUCACUUGGCAAAAGAAACAGUUGUUUCCCUUGUCGUUAAUAUUUCAGAUUUGCUAUCAGGAGCUAUUCUUCAAAGCCAUCAAAGGAAAUCAAGUGUUUAUAAUUCUUUUUAAUAACUUUUGAGCAUUCAUCAGUCUAUCAUUGUGAUGGGGGAUAUCUUUUUUUGUUGUUACAAGUCUCUUAAUGUUAAAGGCCUUUUACAGAAGCUUGGAAAACCUUAAAUGUAGUAUGAUCCACCAGAUCUGGUUUAUCCAACCAUGGGAGAAAAAAAACCCUGAGCUUACUUUACUUGUAAAUAAAUAUACACUAUAAUAGAUAAUAUGUUUGCUGUAAACUGCAAUGUAAAACCUCGAUAAAAUUGCACUGUACUUGAUGUUUAUUAAAAGAUGUAUUUUUACAA